GAAUUCUGGGGACUGCUCGCCAUGGACGCGGCAGGUGACGUUAACGCCACUGAGCUGGAAGAUUCCCAACGUGGACUUGACCAUUCAAACAGCUCAACCGACAGCGCCAUGAACGAGAGGAUCUUUUGGAAGCUGGACGACAGCACAAACCUGGUUGCGGUUCAAGUUAUUCUCAUCCUCGCUUACAGCACAAUCAUAUUGUUUGGAGUCAUCGGAAACUCCUUGGUGAUAUACGUCGUUUUCAAGUUCAAGACUCUUCGGACCGUCACCAAUUUCUUCAUCGUCAACCUGGCGGUGGCGGACUUGCUGGUGAACACGCUGUGUUUGCCGUUCACCCUCGUCUACACGCUGGACGGCGAGUGGAAGUUCGGCCACGUGUUGUGCUUCAUGCUGCCCUGCGCUCAAGGCGUGGCCGUGCACGUGUCCACCAUCACCUUGAACGUCAUCGCCCUGGACCGCCACAGGACCAUCGUCAACCACACGGAGACCAAGAUGUCCAAAGAUAUGUGCGCCGCGGUCAUCGUCGUCACGUGGGCCGUCAGCGCCCUGCUGGCCAGCCCGCUCGCCAUCUUCAGGGAGUACGAGACGAUCAACCUUUCCCCGGGACAGUCCAUCCAGGUGUGCAUGGAGAAGUGGCCCAGCAGCAGCAUGAACGGAAGCAUCUACAGCAUAUCGGCGCUCCUAGUCCAAUACGUUCUACCUCUGGCCAUCAACUGCGUCGCCUACAUCCGCAUCUGGAAUAAGCUGAAGAAUCACAUGAUGCCCGGAGGUGGAAAUGACCGCCAGCAGCGCAAGAAGAAGACCACGAAGAUGCUGCUGACCAUGGUGGUGGUCUUCGCCGUCAUCUGGUUGCCUUUCCACGCGUUCCAGUUGGCCGUCGACAUCGACAGCACCGUGCUGUACAUGAAGGACUUCAAGCUGCUUUUCACCGCGUUCCACAUCGUGGCGAUGUGCUCGACGUUUGUCAACCCCUUCCUGUACGGGUGGUUGAACAACAACUACAGGGCGGCCUUUCUGUCCGUGUGCAAGUGUUACCAGCCCUUCACGUCCAGGAAGAGAGGGCCCAGAGGUCGAGAAACACACAGGAACGCUGACACGCUUUACACAGAGUGCGAAUCAACAAAUGUCUAA